UUAACACAAAAAACGGACGAACUGAAACAACUUCAGUGUUGUUGAAGCUCUCACGUAGCCAUCAGUUGCCCAAGGGCUGCUAAACGGAAAUGUUGUUCGAAACGAAGAAGAAACCGAUAAAAAUGUGACCCGUUUGAAAAGAAAAAAUACAAGAAAGGAAAAUAAUCUUCUCAAAAUAGGGUGACCUAUAAAUAAUUGAAAUGUAACGAAAAAAAAUACAAAAUUUUUUAAAAAAAAAUAAAAAAAAAGUAAAAUAAAAAUGAAAAAUAUCAAAAAUUAAAAUUCGAAAAAUGAAGUGUUGUACUUAAAAAAGUGUAACCAUUAAAAAUUAAAAAUGCUUUAAAAUUGUUUCAAUACACAAAUAUCUUUAAAAAUAUAUUGAGAGUGCGGCUUUUUUCGUUGCACUUAAGAAAAUUAACCUUUUCCCAUGAAGCUCACCCCCCAAAACGGAACAUCAAUUUUGCUAAAUGACCUGUUUCAAACGUGCCAAUAUGAAAACAGUGUGAGCGUUUUUUGUUAUCAUGGUGUGUGGCCAAACAUUUGUUGUUGCUUUUGCUUUCUAACGAUUGUCAUUAAAAUCAACAGAUAAUCGAGAAAAACGGCAAAAGUAGAGAAGUGGUCAACAAAGAAGAAGCAAACAAAUCUCGCCAUGCUGAUGGACAAAACCAACAGCAGCAGUGGCGGUGACAGUGGCAAUAAUAACAACAUCAACAACAACAAUAAUAAUGUAAAACUCAGUUCGGGUCAUAACAACAACAUUAACGGUCGCGUUAUUGGUCACAUUGUUGGCGGUCUGCGGGGCAACAAAGUUACACCAAAUGGCAGCUGUAGAGCCGCUGGCUGCGCUGGUGGCGGAGGCAGUGGAGGAGGUGGUGACACAAUAACUGUCUCAAUGGCGUGUAAAGAUGAUUAUGCCCGCCAUGACCACAACAAAGAAAAUCGAAAUAACAAAGAUAACGAUAAUGAUGAGGAAGUAGGGAAAGACAAUAACGAACGGCGAGAUAAUAAACAAAACCUACGGCCCGAAAAAAUUAAUAAACAUUUAGCCAUCGAUAGUGAUGUACGAGAAGAUGAGGACGAAAGCGACGAGGAUGAUGAGGAGGAGGAGGAGGAAGAAGAGUAUAUGGAAGAAGAAGAAACAAGCAGUCUGCUACGUGGCCUAAGAGCAGAGGAGGAGGACGAUGACGACUACUAUGAUGAGGAUGACAAUAUUGCCACGGCCGAAUCGCCUCUGUUGCCUUCCACCAGAGAGAAUUUCGUUCGGGAGGUGACCGCAACAAACAACAGCACACCCUCGCCCACCACUCCAACAGUAACCCCGCCCACCCUUAUAACCACAGCAACCGGUCAAUUGAAUACCUCAAGAAACAUAUCACCGUUAUUGAUACCCGAACUACCUGCCACGCCCUCCGAGUACACACCCUCACCCCAGUAUCCGAGUCGCAAACGGUUCUCCAUACCAAAUCUGCUACCCAGCAGCGGCAGUCGGCGCAAACUUAGCAUAGAAAAUAUCACCCAUCCCAUUCAAUCUCUCUUGGGCAUCAGUGAGGAGCAAUGUCGACGAAGGAAUUCCCAACCCAACCUUAGAAGAUUUCGUAGUAGAACUGAUUCAAAUUACAGUCUCGAUAAUCGACGUCAAUCCCGCCAAUUCUAUUCAAAAUCCCCCUCACGCAAACAUUCGCACAACUACAAUCUCUAUCCGAAGGAUUCGUUUUACAAUUUAGAAGGUAAGGCCCCAAGGCAGUCGUGCAAAAUGGACACAAAAGUGGAUGCAGUUGGUCGCGUCACCGGCGAAUGGGGCAGGUGGCAGCUGCGCACAGUCCUUUUGAUAUUCCUGUGUAAAAUUCCCUCCUCCUGGUUUAUGGCUUGUAUUAUUUUCACGGCACCCGCACCCAGACAUGGUGAGUUCUUCUGCAAGCCACCACCCACGAUUGGAGCUAAAAAUCAAACGGCCUGGAUAAAAGUCUCACAUCCACAAAAGGAGGAGGUGCAAGAUCAGGAAUUUGCCAUAGAUUUCUGUAAUGUCUACAAAGAUGCUCAGGAACAUGCUCAUCACUACUUUAACUAUGCCCAUCAGGAAGAUGAGCCGAGGGUGUGGGAGGAGCCCGAGUCCAUCAAGUCCGAUAUUAUUCCCUGCAAGGAGUUCCAACAUGAGGCUGAGUUCCAUUCGGUGAUUACGCAAUAUGAUUUGGUGUGUUCGCGAGAUAUUCUGGUGUCGGUCACGCAAUUCUUCCAUUUGUUCGGUGUGCUGACGGGAGGCAUUCUGGCGAAUCAUUUGCUGAAGUAUUUCAGUCCGCGCAAUGUAAUGCUGUUCGGCAUGAUCACCCAAAUUUUAUGUGGCAAUUUAACGGGUCACGUAUCCUCGUAUGAGUUGCAUGUUUUCUUCCGUUGCCUCUCGGCUGUUUGUUGUGCCCAAAUGUACACGGCGGGUGGAAUGAUUAUGGCCGACAUAACGGGUGGAACCUACAAGACCUGUGUUUCCACUCUGUUUGAACAAUUCUGGUCCAUUGGAGUCAUAAUGUUGCCCGGUGUGGCAAGUUUCUUCGAUAGCUGGACCUAUUUGUAUAUGGCCAUAUCAUGGCCCACUGUGAUACUCAUUUACCUGUGGAGAUGGAUUCCAGAUUCUCCCAGAUGGAUGGUGGCCAGAGGCCGAGUUAUGGAAGCCAAACAAAUUUUAAUAGAGUGCGCCGAAUACAACGGCACUCGUCACAGUCUUCCCCAUGACAUCGAUCAACAAUUGGAGCUACAGGCCCAAACGGCCAUGGAUGCACCACCGCCAGCCGGCUGGUGGUCACUGUGGAAGGGCGAAAAGGCUGUGCGUCACAUGGUGUGUGUCCACCUGUGCUGGUCCAUCUACAUUGUGGUCUACUAUGGCAUGCUUUUGAACAUUCGUUCCUUUAGUCGAGAACACUUACAAGUCAACACUGUGAUAGCCGGUAUUUCAGAAAUCAUCGGCACAUUUAUUGGUCUGUUUCUAAUUUUAAAGACAACCCGAAAAUGGAUAUGGACGGGGCUGUUUAACAUUUUGGCGGGCUGUAUUGCAUACACGGCAUGGCUGGUGCCGCAAGAUAUUCCCUUCAAUGCACGAGUCGCUUUGCUGAUGCUGACGGCUAUGAUUUCCAAAAUAGCAAUAUCCUGUACGCUGGCCAUUCUGACCACCUGUACCGUGGAGUUGGUCAGCAAUGAGAAGAAGAAAAUCUGCGCUUUCUCCACCAUUUGCUGGGCCCGUUUUUGGCUGUUGGGUGCACCGUUUAUUGGUGCCACUGUGGUCUUUGGUCAAUUGGUGCCCCAGACCGCGUUCGCCUCUCUGGCCAUUACGGGUGGCCUGCUCAGUUCCCUUAUCUCUAGUCCACGCACAAUACCCAAGAAGCGGGCCUCACAUGGUCUCAACAACAUGGCCACAGCCACACAGCUCAACAACGAGGGUGGCAUCGACAACAAAGCCUUCUCCAAGGGACCCAUAUUUAGUAGUAUUAGCAGUAAAUUUAAUAAAUCUCAAUCGAAUCUACCUCCACCAAUGAUGCCUGGUAUUUGGACGACCAAAAGUCUGGAGGAUGGCAUCACAAAUACAAGCUUACCGCCAGCAUAAUAGCCAACUUUUUUUUUGGAAUCUCGAGUGUUUUAAACUCGAAUUUAGAACAAAAAACACAA